AUGGACCCUAAUAUAUCACUAUCAAUCAAAGAUAUCAUUCGGAAAGAACUCAGUAAAGAAAAUUCAAAUGGAUCAAAUAGUGUUAAAUUGGUUAAUUUAAAAAUUUCAACUUUAUCUGAAUCUACUCUAUCUUUAUUGUCCAAUGUGGAAAGAUUAUCGUUACGAAAAAAUCAGUUGUCCAGUUUGCCUGAAGGAUUUAUUAAUUUAAAAAAGCUAAGAUAUUUGGAUUUAAAGGGUAACGAGUUCAGAGAGAUACCUUCUGUAUUAUAUGAAAUGCCUAAUUUGGAGAUAUUAGAUAUGUCACAAAAUAAAAUAAAGUUAUUGCAACAACAGGAUGUGAAUUUAUUUAAAUAUUGGAACAAAAAUCUUAAAAUAUUAUCAUUAAAAAAUAAUAGAAUUCAAUCUGUUAGUAAUCUAUUAUAUUUGACCAAAUUAGAAAACUUAUCUGUAUUGGAUGUAGAUGGGAAUUAUAUUCCAAAAGAGGAAUUGGAUAUGGUAUUGUCAAUGUCCCAACAAAAUAGUAAUAGUAAUAAUAUUUAUUUGCCACCAGAAGAAAUCUGGAUGUCUGCUCUAAGGAAAUAUGCAAGUUCUAUCAUGGGCGCAAAUUCUAAUAACACACAGUCUUUUUCAAAUAAGAAUAACAACAACACUAAUAGUAAUAAAACUAAAAUAAUAUCGAAAAGAAUGGGUUUUAUCAAUGUGGAUACGUCAACAUUAAACCCUACUGAUAAAUUGAAAGAUACCGAAACAGACCCAACUAAUAAUAUUAUGAUACCUUCAUCUAUGAAUGGAGGUAUUGAUCUUUAUAAUCAUUCUAAAUAUAAUGAUUAUUUUAAAAGACUAUCUAUUCUUCCUGAAGAAUGUUCUGUUAAUGAGACACAUAAAGCAUCACAUGCAGAAAUAGUAGUAUGUUGUAGAAAACUGUUAUUCAGUUUUACCGAAUGCCAACAGUCUAUCAGAAAGAUUGCAUCAUUUUGUAAAGAUAAAGCUAUUGCAGUCAAUGUGGUUUCUUUAUUAUAUUCAGUCAGAUCACAUAUUGACCAUCUAUUAGAAUUAUUAGAGGAAGCAGAAAACGAAACUAAUUUUAACGAUCAAGAGAUGAUUAAACUAUGUAUCACAAUUUUGACCAAUUUUAAGCAAUUAGUGGGUAAUUUAAGGAAAAAUUUUAAUAUAUUUUUUUUGGGAGAUGAUUUAUGUUUUAUUAGGAUGUUUUAUAUGACACUGUUAUGUUCUUAUAAUGAGAUAUAUAAUGCAUGGUGUUUCAUUAGUAAUACUGCUGAUUUGGAGGCACAUCAAAGAUUACAGCAGCAGCAACAAAUAGGUAUAAAAUCUGUAUCAACUUUACCAAGAAAACAGACUCUAAAGAAAAAUGAUUCAUCGGCAAGUUUAUUUGCAUCAUCUCACAAUAGUGGUAUUACAUCUUUAUCAUCAAAAACAGAUAUUAGUGGAACCUCUUCGGGUCAUACCAUCGAAAAUAUUAUCCAAAAGCCCAGGAUGAGAAGUAACACAUUACAAAGUAAAGCUCUUCAUAGCCAUCCGAUAGAUACAACUCGAUCCUUUUCUAAUUUAACCAAUUUGAGUGGCAGUAUCAAUAAUACUAACAGUGAUAACAGUGAUAACAAUAAUAGCAAUAAUAAUAAUACACCGAUGUCAACAAGUACUCAUGAUCAUGCAAGUCAUCCUUCUGGUAAUAUUACUACAUAUGGUCAGUCAUCAUUAAGUGGUUCAAGUACAAUCUCAGGGAAUUUAUCUGCUUCUUUAAUUAAUGUUAAUGAAAAUAGUUUUACUACUAGUGUACGUAAUACUGUAGCUGAUCACAAAAACAAAGUUAUAAGGUCACCAAUGAUACUGACGUCGCAGGCUACAUCAGGUCAAUUGUAUUCUCGGUCUGAAGAUGUUAACACACUUACAAGUGGUUCUAUUGAAAUGUCGAGGUCACACUCAGCUGCUAGUAAUACAAAUAUCAAUAGUAAUAGUAGUGGUACUAGUGUUGUUACGAGCGAGAAUGAUAAUAAAUCCAGUCUAAUGAAUAAGGGUGUCGAAACUAAUAUGUUAGACAAAAUAGAUCAAAAAGUUGAUGAGGCAUCCGAAGCACAAAAAAAUGUUGAUACUCAAUUAUAUCAAAUUUUGACAAACGUCAUCAAAAUGGUAAGUGUAGUUUAUAAUCAACUAACUGGUGAAAUCUCUAAGAUUGCUGUCGCUAGUACAAGUGGUCAGAAAAUACUCACAGAGUCGUUGUCAUCAAAGAUCAAAGAUUUGACUGAUACUUGUUGGCAAGCUAUGGAAUUAUCAAAGUCUCUGAAUGAUCGAUUAAAAUUAUUAUUAUCUCCGGAUCCUAAUAUUACCGAGAAAUAUUUGAGUACUGCAGAAAAAUUGAAAACAUGGGAAAAGAUUAAUGCAUUUUUAAAAUCAAUUAUUUCUAUACUUGGUAAUACAAAGGAAAUUAUGAGUGAUUUACCUUCGCUAAAUGAAAUUAGGCCGAAUUUAGCCUCUCUGGCAAAGAUUACUAAAGACGUCACAGUGAUUUUAGACUUAUCUUCAUAUAAAAGUGUUACUGUAACUGCUGCUCAAAUGCAAAAGCAACAGCAAUUACAGCAACAGCAACAACAACAAUAUCAACAUACUGCACAACAACAAAGGCAGUUACCAUAUCAGUAUCAACAACAAAUAACUAGUAAUAUACAUGUGCCACUGUCGACUCCUCAACCAAAUAUGCAGAAUCCAUUUGACAAUAUUGAUACCACGAAGGAGUAA